AUGCUACUGAUGGCAACAGCCUUCGGCGUACUUCUUCUUGCUGUUGUCGUCAAGUUCGGACUUCCUGUGAAGACCCCAGAAUGGUACAGCACUGCAAGAUCAUCUCGUAGGAACAACAGUCUAGAAGGAUUACCGAAUGCCAUCGCGAGAAGCAGCGUUUUCUUCUUGGAGACAGCAGAAUCACCGCCGUGCAUCAGCGCUCGCCAGUCGUGUGCUAUCGAGUCAGCGGCCCUUAGAUCGUACAACGCCAAGAUCGUUCUUCUCACUUCAUCCUCGAUAUCUGCGGACUGUGAAUACAUCAAGAUCCUCUCAAAGUUUCCAAACUUCAAGCUGAUGUGCGUUCCAUUCGAGAACCUCUUCGACGGCACUGUGUUGAACCAAUGGUUCCAGAAUGGAAGCUGGAGUCGAAGCCCGUUUCGUGCCAACCACCUCAGCGACGCGCUGAGGCUGUUGUUGUUGUGGAAGUUUGGAGGUGUCUACGUAGACAUGGACGUGCUGGUACUGAAGAAUAUCGCCGCAUUAAGGAACAGCGUGUCCAGGGAGAGAUUUCCAGCUGUGGGAAAUAGUGUGCUGGUUUUCAAUAAGGGACAUCCCUUUUUGCUUGAUUGUAUGCGAGAAUUUGCAUCGUCUUACAAGUCAAGGUUGUGGGCUCACAACGGACCCAGACUCCUGGAACGGGUUCUUCUCAAGUACUGUCCUCCGGAGCUCCUCCGUAACCAACCGCAUCUCAAGUGCAGCGGUGACGUGACGGUUCUUUCCGCUGAGGCUUUCUACCCGAUCCCUUUAGCAGAGUGGAAGACACUGUUCCAACCGGAAUCCACGUUCAAAGUGCUCAAAGCCACAGAGGACAGUUACACCGUGCACCUUUGGAACUCUUAUAGCAAAAAGAAGCGGCUCUCAAUCGGGGAUGCUUCGGCUUAUGAUGUGAUGGCCAGAUUUGUCUGUCCUCUUUCGUAUCAGGUGGCAAAAACGCAAGGAUUUCUUUGA